CCAGGCGCCAGCACAGCUUGCGAAGAGGGCGACCACAUCACCCCAAGGCCAUCUCCAAGCAUCGCACAUUGAAUCACCACGACAACGCUAUAGCGACAUACACAUCAUGGAGGUUUUACUUGGCAUUACAGGCAAAGACUUUACCCUCAUUGCAGCAUCGAAAGCUGCCAUGAGAGGGGCAACAGUCCUCAAAGCUUCCGACGACAAGACAAGAGAGUUGAACAAGAACACAUUGAUGGCCUUCUCAGGCGAAGCUGGUGAUACAAUCCAAUUUGCCGAAUACAUCCAAAGAAAUGCGCAGCUUUACUCGAUGCGAAAUGAAACCGACCUCUCACCAUCGGGUCUUGCACACUACGUUCGCGGCGAACUUGCAUCCAGCCUUCGAUCACGAAAGCCAUACACUGUCAACCUGCUGAUGGGCGGUGUUGACCCCAUCACAGGCAAGCCCCAUCUGUACUGGAUGGAUUACCUUGCAUCAAUGGCCGAAGUUCCAUAUGCUGCUCAUGGAUACGCUCAGUACUAUUGCUUGUCUAUCCUAGACAAGCACCACCAUCCCGAUAUCACUCUUGGCCAAGGAAUUAAGCUUUUGAACCUUUGCACAGAUGAGCUUAAGCGACGUUUACCCAUUGAUUUCAAGGGUAUGAUAGUUAAGGCUAUCAAGGCGGAUGGCAUUGUGGAUAUAGAAUUCGACGACGACAAGAUCGUCAAGUGUGCUUAACUGGGAUAAAAUACCAAUUGAGGAAACAUGAACUUACAACAAUGACGUAAAAAAAACGUCUGUACUAUUACGUGGAACGAAAUUGAAUCGACGUUGUUGGUGUCUAUCUGUGAUUCUCUCUGCUCUGAAUAGUAGUACGCGCAUGUAGGACUAGAAACCUGUUAACGCAUCACAAUGUGAACAAACCAUUGUUGUAAAUGUACCCUACUUGCGGUGCGCAUCUACGGAGACUCAUCGAUGUCGACGAACACUAAUACAUCG